AUGGAGAAGGACAAGCUGAUGAAAUAUAUCCAGGUGAAGUGUCAGGAGUGUUUGCUCCACUUGGAUGAACCUGAGGAGCAAUUUUCCUAUUUCUUCUGGCUGGUUAUGGAGCGCUGCUGUAAUAGAAAUGGAAGAGCAAUGAUGGUGGAAUUCUCUGUGCUGCUCUUCAAGGGCUAUGGCCUUUUGAUGAGAAAGCUUGGAUAUGUGCAGAGCCUAGAGAGCUGGUGUCUUCCUCUGGCAAAGCUUUUAUGCUCCAAAUCUCCAAGAGAUAAGCAGAGAGAAGAUGUUAUUAUGAUGGGAGAUGAUUUCGCUUCCAAAGGAUGGAUCUAUCCAGCACAAAUAUGCUACGUAGUGGCACAAAUGGAGCUGGGAUUACGACCACAUUUUCAACAGACUGGAACUGAGAGUUAUUCAGUCCUGAAGAAGGUAAUUGAGAAAACUGAGGUCUAUAAAUAUAUGGGGUCUCUCACCUCAGGAUUUGGCCAAUCACACUUCAAGGAGGAAGAAUCAAAGGAGCUGAGGAAUCUUUACCAGCUCCUUGAAGGCAGAUCAGAAGGGUUUAUCCCACAUGGCCCUGCGUCUCAAGAUGUAUAUUUCUCUCCUCUUGAGGUGUCACAGGACAGUCGGCAGUUUGCUGAUCAUGUUACCCUGUGGGGUUUGGGUUUUCUGUACGAGUUGGUCAGUGAAGAUUUGGCCUCUAGUAGCAAAGAGGAGAUUGUUGAGGGGCACCUGCCCUCUGUUCCUGGUGUGUCCGAUGGUUGA